AAAACCACUAAACGAUGUCGUAUUCCAAGACGCUGUUCUCACUUUUCUUCCACUUGGAACAUAUUAAGCCGCUUACAGAAAUUGCACGAAGUUCCAUAAUUUUCUCUCAAAUCUGCAAACUUUCGAGCUUCCAUUAUACUAGGAUAUAAAGGAAAAGAAAGAGAAGAUAAGAAGAAGGGAAGCCCAGUUGUGAAGUAUGGAUUUGGUUUCAUGUUGGUAUAUGGGAAUUCCUACAACUUCAAUUCCACCCCCCACCAAAUUCACCUACUCUUCUUCUCCCUUCAACCUUAACUUCACAUUUCCGGUUCAUUCUAUUUCAGUCAAAUCCUUUACUCUUUAUGCCAAGAAGACAAAUUCACAGCCUGAACCACUACUUAAACCAACCCUAACUGAAGAAUUAUCAUUGCACAAUGAUGAUGAAGAAGACGAGCAGCUUCUUCUUGAUGACCUGGAUGAAGAGGCAUUGAUUGAUGGAGAAGAUGAGGAUAUUGAAGAUGACUAUCUGGAUGAUGAAGCAGAACUAUAUGUUGGAGAUGGAAGCGGAGGAGGUGGAAUUUCCCUGGCUGGGACAGGGUGGGACAAAGAAGUGCUAAGAAUAGCUGAAGAAGUUUGUAACUCGUUUGAUGGCGAGCUCAAAAUGUAUGCCUUUAGGACAUUGCUAAACUCCGCCGUUCAAGUGCGCAUUGAAAGGCUUACAAAUAAGUCUGGCUCUCCUAGUAUGGAAGAUAUUGAAGCCUUCUCUACAGCCUAUAGAACACGGCUGGAUGAAGCUGAGCUUGCUAAAACAAUACCAAAUAAUCUAUCUUUGGAGGUAUCUUCUCCUGGUGUUGAACGAGUUGUUCGAGUUCCAGACGAGCUAGAUCGGUUCAAGGACCGAUCUAUGUAUGUAAAGUAUGUCGGUGAAGUAUCCGGAACAGAGUCAUCUUCAGAAAGUGAUGGUGUUUUCAGGCUCAUUUCAUACGACAUUGAAACAGAAUGUUGCACUUGGGGUCUGGCAGAUGUGAGGAUAAAUAGAGAAAAGGCUGGGAAGGGAAGACCACUUAACAAAAAGCAAAGAGAGUGGCGCUUGAACACACCCUUUAAUUCCCUGCGAUUGGUCCGAAUAUACUCAGAAAUUUAAGUAUUACCCUCUGCUCAGGCAAACUUCUAGAAUCCUUCAGGUGUACUAUUCUAUGUUGCACGGAAACUUAUGGGGUUAUACAUUUCAGAUCCAGAAAGGCUUCUGAAAUUCCGAAACAUCAUCUCUAUAGGUAAAGCUAUCUCAAGAGUCAAGGGUGUAGUUCUCAUUUAUGCACCUGUCUGAUAACUCCAAUAUGUACCAUAGAUAUAUGUACAUGUUUCAAUAAUUUUUGAUAUUAAAUUUCUGAAGAAUCAAAUGUUUGAUGAAGUGAGGGAAGAAAAUGGACAACCAUGCACAAUUGGUGAAUUACAUUUUGGAACAUAUCUAUGCUAUAAGAGCUUGGUAUCCUUCCGAUUAGCCGGAAUAAA